AUGGCCUCACUAGACGAACAGAUCCAUCAAGCCGUCACCGCUGCCCUCAAUCCAGGCCCACUCCAGUCGGAAGGGCUACACUUCCUCCAACAGCUGCGUUCAAAUCCCAAGGACUCAUGGCAACCCGGUCUCAUCUGCUUCAUCGCCGGCGCUCAGAACGACCAGCAUGAUCCUCACUCUUGGGCCUACAAGUAUCCCCCUCAGACUAGGUUGUUCGGCCUCCAACUGGUGGAUACCAUGUUACAGUUUUCAACUAGCUCGGAAGAGGAGAUCGGCUUGAAAAAGGCUUGCUAUGAAACCACGCGACAGCAACUGUGUGAUUACAUCCAUCGCGAAUUCGUCGAGGGCUCUGGAGAACCAGGCCUGGCGUAUCUUCGAAACAAGGUCGUCCAGACCCUCUUCCUCCUAUUCUUCCAAUCCUACCCAAAUAAUUGGACCGACUUCUUCUCAUCAUUCGCCGAUCUGACUCGCAGACAUCCUAAGGCAUCCUCACCCCCCGAUAACUCCAACCAGCCCUUGAACCCCCGUACAACCGACCUCUACCUACGACUCCUCCAUGAAAUAUCCUCCGAACUAUCUGAUGCGCUCCUCCGGAUUAAUAAACCUUCGUUCAGAUUGAGUAGGGAUGCCGAACUACGCGACGCCAUUCGAGAGCGUGAUGCUGCGAGGAUCGCUCGUGAAACGUUUGGGAUCGUCGCGGAGUCGCUCGAAGGACUGAGCAAGAAUGACAUAAAUUCAAACCAGGGAUUAUUUGGAAAACAGGCUCAAGAAUGUCUCGAGAUGGGCAUCAGGGUCGUCGAAGACUACGCCUCGUGGAUCGAUAUCUCCUUGAUCGUCACGCCGACCUGGAUUCCAUUCUUAUUUCAAUCCCUUCGACUCUCAAACAUCAGCAUUCGAUUAGCUGCUGCCGACGCGCUAAUCUGUAUCGUCACCAAAGGGAUGCCCGCAAGUAAUCGAAUUCAACUGUACAAUCUAUUGGGCCUGGUGGAUGUGUUGAAGGCCCUCAAAUCUGGAAAUAACGCCCGACGACAGGCGGGCGAAUGGAGUGAUGAAGAAGAUCAGUUCAGCGAACGUCUUGCGAAAAUCUUGAAUGGAAUGGGUGUCGAACUGUGCAAAGUGUGUGACGAUAGUUCGGUGCCUCUCGAAGUCCAAGCGGCAUCACUCGGUCUAGCUACUCAACUCCUGCCAUUACUCUUAUCUUUCGUCGAGGAAGAUGUAUUUGCUUCAUGUGCCUCCGUCCUCCCGUUCUCCUCAGCAAUCUUAUCGCGCUACAAGAAGGAUAAGAAGUUGGCGCCCGACUCUCACCUGACUCAGGAUAAGCGAACAUUCCUUUGUCAGCUCUUGCGGCUCAUCGUCAUCAAGAUUCGCUAUCCACCGGAUGACCUCUUCGAGUGGGAACCCCCGGCCUUACCUGGUGAAACUGAAGAUGAAGAUAUGGUAGUCUAUCAUGACCGCCGGCGGCAGUUGAAAACCGUAGUAGAAGCUAUUGCGGUCAUUGAUGAGGCCUUAUUUCAAGAGACUAUCGAUCCGCUCGUCUCAAACGUUCUAGACCACAUUAACUCUGGAGUUGGAAACGCUUCGAAUGUCUGUUGGCAAGAGGUCGAACUUGCCUUGGUAAUGCUUUACAAUUAUGGCGAGGCUGUUAGAGGUUCCGGCCCCACAAGUAUCCGAUCCUACGUUAUGAUUCCACCCGAGGAGAUCAAAAAGCACAACAAGAAUAAAGAUUACAAGAUUAACUACUCUCAGUAUCCACUAUCUAGCCUAGGAAACUUGUUGUUAAAGGCUUCUAAGGCAAUGAUUACCAAAUUCCCACACCCUUCGAUCGCCGUCCAAUGGUUUGAGUGCGUUACUCGUUACCAUGAAUUUUUUGAAGUCUUCACGGGUGCGAUCCAGGAUGUCUUGCCCAUGUUCUUAGAUGACCGAGGCUUACAUCAUCCGAACUCCAACAUUCGCUUCCGCUGCUGUUACCUAUUCUAUCGAUUUGUCUUGCAAGGAAAACCAGCUAUUCAGACUCACUUCAACCCUCAGGGUUGGCAAGCCAUAAUUGAUCAGCUAAAGGAUUUGAUCGUCAUUCAAGCUGAGCUCCCUAGCCAAUUGCUUUCGAAUGGAUCGGGAGAUGAGCAUGAUGUUUUGGUGAAGGCGGUCCAGUCCUCGAGCGCGUUCGACAGCCAGCUUUAUCUCUUCGAAGCUGUCGGGAUCCUCGUUUCGUUCUUCUCAGCUAACUCCGAACAGCAGAUUGCCUGCUUGCAAUCGAUCCUUCAGCCCUUGAUUACCCAGAUGAGAACCGAACUCAAAAAUCGUCCACUGAAUCCUACCGAUCUGAUCAAUGCCUUGAAGAUUCACCAUGCUAUCAUGGCCGUUGGCGCGAUCGCCAAAGGCUUUCCUAACUUGUCAUCUAAUACUUCCUCCUCAGCUACCUUCCCAUGGUUACAAGUAUUCAAAACGGCAACUGAUGACAUCAUGAGCGUCACCGAAAGACUGAAUGAUAUUCGGGUUCUUCGAGAUGCGACUCGUUCAUCAUUCCAUAAGAUCGUCGCUACCAUCGGAAUGGAGGCUCUACCUCAUGUUCCUGUGCUGAUCAAUUGUUUGCUUGACAAGCUCACUAAACCGGAGCUGGUAGAGUUUUUGUCAUUUGUUGGACAACUGGUUCAUAAAUACAAGGAAAACUUUAUCUCUCUCCUAGACAGCUUAUUGCUACCGCUCUUUUCGAAAAUCAUAAAUUUCCUCGACCAGCCGAUCACCGGAACCGACGAUGUGAUGUCUCAGUCUGAAUUAAGAAGAGGGUACUUCAACCUGUGCAACUCGAUCAUCGGUGCUCAAAUGCAUGGGAUCUUUGUUUCGCCUAAUAACCAGCCGCAUUUGGAGACAAUCUUGAAGACGAUCAUCGACCAACUUCAAGCCAAAGAAGUCUUGAUACCUGACCUGAGAUUCGGCUUCGGUCUCCUCAAGAACUUCUCCUCGAUCUGGUUAAAGGCGCCCCAGGCUGGACCCUCCCCCCUACCCGGAUUCGAACUCUUCCUCUACCAUCAGGUCGUCCCCCUCUGCUUUGCUAUACCGUGUAAACCUGGAUUUGAUUGGUCGGAUGCUGAAUCUUAUCUCGUCUUGACGGAAAUCAUUGGAAUCUUGAAGAUGUUGAUGACGAGCAGAGGCGAAGAAUUUGUAGAGUUCCUAGUCGGCAACUUGUUCCCAUCGAUGUCUUGUCCUCCUGAGAAAGGCCAGAAACUCAUCAAAGAGAUUCAAGAAACAACUGACCUGAAACCGUCGAGGAAACCAUUGGUUGAGUUCUUUGGCCGGAAUGCCAAAUGA